GAUCGUGGGGAGAAGGGAUUCGAGAGAGCGGACCAGGAGCACGCCCGAGUCCCAAGUGCGGGUCCAAGUGUAAGAUGAAAAGUUCAAACUUCACAGGGAUACCGCCCUUCCACCGGGACCGUCAUAUUAUACUCCCUAGAAUGUUUUUCAACCACCCGUCCUCCUCUCUGUAGUGCUAUUAUGUAUAACUAAGUUUUUGCGCAAUUCCGUGGCCAGCACCUCGAACUUUACUGGAAUGCCGGUGAUAUAGUCGUGCAAAAAAGAGCAUCGGUGGAUAGGCAUCCUCUCACAUCUUACAGAUGACGGUUGAUGUAUCGAGGGCGGGUAUGGGCUAUUUGCUUCCUGCUAACAAUUUAUCUCGUUGGUAUUCUACUAAUCUCUUCAAUUACACUUCAUGCUCAAAAUAAGCCAGAAAAAAAGAGGAAGCAUGGAAGUCGACCUAUGGAGCUGAACACAGUGCUGAGCUCGAAAAAAUUUCCACUACGUUGGUGCCAAAAAUUACACUAUGCGCUCAACCCCGAGGCGCGGCCCCUCAUAGCCCUCGUCUCUUUUCCAGGCAGUGGAAAUACAUGGCUCCGUUAUCUUCUGCAGCAAGCAACAGGGAUUUUGACGGGCUCAGUGUACGCGGACUACGGGCUGAUGCGCUACGGGUUCCCGGCAGAGUCGGUGCGGAACCGAAGCGUGUGCGUGGUCAAGACUCACGAGUGGGGCGAGGAGGCCCGCAGACCCUUCGACAGGGCCGUCCUCCUCGUCCGCUCCCCGGCCGCCGCCAUCCUCGCCGAGUUCAACAGACAGAGCGCCGGCCACGUCGGAUACGCCUCCCCCGACAAGUACAAGGGCAAAAAGGCUCAGUAUUGGGAGCAGUUCGUGCGGAACAAAUUGACUUACUGGACCAAGCUGAACUUAGACUGGUUGGAUAAUUUUCCUGGACCAAUGCAUAUCGUUCUCUAUGAGGAUCUCGUCGCAAACGUGAGCUCUACUUUGAGGAGCUUACUUGAUUUCAUCGAGAUACCUAUAUCGGAGGGUCAGAUGAAUUGUGUCCUCGAACGAAAGGAAGGGAUCUAUCGCCGGAAGCAGCGUAAACAACCGCUCGACCCUUUCACGGAGGACAUGAAAUACUGGAUCAGCGCCGAAGAAGCCACGGUCUGUGACAAGAUCAGACGUUUCAAUCGUGAAAUUCAAAUAAUUUGAUCCGUUCAAAAUACUCCAUUAGGAACGACUCACCAGUAUGGAAUGACUCAUUAAGGCAAUCACCAGAAGAAUAGUUGAGAAAGAGAUUACAUUUUGCACUUAGCGGUGAUUUAUGGCCUUUUCCUCAAAUCGAAGACCCGGUUUUUUUUAAAAGAAAAAAUAGGUUUGCUCUAAUUUUUCCACGCCAAUUGCGAGAUUUCGGUUCUGAGAAGAUACAAAAGUGAAAUCCUCUUGGCUUUAAAAAAACCGAGGAUAGGAAAACCUAGCCUCUGUUAAGUUUGCCCCUCUCAUUUCUUACAAAUAAAAAAAGAGGGCCAAGCACUCUCUCAAAGAUCUCAUUUGUAGCCUUACAGUGGCGAGAGAGACGUGUUGACAUGGUUGCAUCGGAAACUUGGACGGUGCAAGAGGCAGCAAAGAGGAAGUGAUAUAGUAUGGUCCGUUAUACGUAGGUAUUUACAACCGCAGUUCAAUCUCUGGAUGUUCUGACCAAUCUUAGAUUAUAUAUACCUGUGAUUAGAAGAAUGCAAUGACUGAGAUGCGCUGAUAACGCACCACUUUAUCGGUCCC